AAUUCUGGUCGAUCAAAACCUGUUCAACAAGUAUCGUAUAUAGAUAUAUCAAGCAAAAUAGAAUGAAACAACAUCCCAAGCGGUCAGUGAUUGGUAUUCAUCAUAAGCUAGAGUGAUUAACUUCUAUCCUUGUUCAGAUAUAUGCUACAUAGCGAGCCGGUUACAUAAAGAGAUUGUAAAUAAAAUAAAGUUCCAGAGAGAAAGUCAAGCAGACGGUGAACGGUAGUAGAUUUUCCUUAGAAUAGUCCAUGAUUAAAUAAACCGUUUGGAAAUUGAAGUUUUUUAGUGAACACAUUGUAGCAUAUGUAUAUACAAAGCAUCAGUAAACGAGAGAGUAGUAACCGUACGAGAUAAAUCUAGUCCAAGACAUUCACACAGAGAUAACGUGAUUCGUUGAAUCGGAAAUCGGUUCCCCUACAUUAGCUCAGUCUUCCCGUACCAGACGUCCAGUACGAUUCACAAUGAGCAAGCAAAGCAACAGCCCUGUGAUUAAUUUUGGAGCCGGACCGGCCAAGCUUCCGCAUGAGGUAAUAAAAAAAGUGCAGGAAGAACUUUUUGCAUAUAGUGAUACUAACAUUAGCAUUUUGGAAUUGAGUCAUAGAUCAAGUAAUUUCAGACAAUUUGCCGCCAUUCCUCUAAACAUGAUGACUACCGGUACUGCAGACUACAUAGUGACUGGGUCAUGGUCGGCCAAGGCAGCGAAAGAAGCGGGAAAAUAUGGUAAGGUAAAUUUAGUUUUACCAAAAACAACAAAAUACGUCGAGAUUCCGGAUCCAUCUACUUGGAACUUGGACCCUAAUGCAUCAUAUGUCUAUUAUUGCGCCAACGAGACGAUUCAUGGAAUUGAAUUCAAUUAUAUUCCUGAGACAAACGGAGUUCCUCUUGUUGCCGAUAUGUCAUCAAAUAUCUUAACGAGAUCGUUAGAUAUCUCAAAAUUUGCAGUAAUAUUUGCAUGUGCUCAAAAAAAUUUUGGGCCGGCUGGUGUAACGGUCGUGAUAGUACGAUCAGACGUUCUUGGUCAUGCCAUGAAGGUCUGUCCAACGGUGCUAGAUUUCACCGUUAUGGCAGCUGAUAACUCAUUGCACAAUACACCGCCAGUAUUUCAAGUAUAUACAGUUGGAUUGACAUUCAAAUGGAUCAAAGAACAUGGAGGUGUUGAAGGGAUGGAAAAACUGGCAAUAAUGAAAAGUCAGAGAAUAUAUGAGAUGAUUAAUGAAUCUAAAGGAUUCUAUUCCUGCCCGGUUAAGUCUGACGUAAGAAGUAGGAUGAAUGUAGCAUUUAGAAUAGGCGAAAAUGAUGAGGUGCUUGAGAAAAAAUUCCUUAAUGGCGCAAGCACACGCGGAAUGCUUCAACUGAAAGGUCACAGAUCUGUAGGUGGGAUUCGAGUAUCUUUGUACAAUGCUAUUACUAUAGAAGAGGUAGAUGAACUUAUAAAAUAUAUGAAGUUAUUCUUCCAAGAGCAUUACAAUAAAGAUUAGGUAAAUUUUAGUACAGCAUAUUAAAAAUGUUAUUUCAAAAUAAUUAUCUGUACAUAUGAAUUAAGUAUAUCAUAUUUUUACAAGCUUUAUAUGGAAUCAUUUAUAUAUUUUAUAUACUUGCUUUUUCAUUUGUACAAAUGACAGGAAAUUUGAUAUUAAUAUCAAUAUUCAUUGUAUUAUUAAGUAUAAAAUAAUAUUAAAUCAUUUACAAUUAAAAAAAAGAUCUUUUCUAAUAAAUCUUUAAUUCAUAAAUCAAUGGCAA